UACCAGCAAGGGCUUUCAGGCAGGCAGUUCCUUAUCAGAAAGCAGCACUUGACUUCAGUUCAGAAAGCGGGGAACUUUUCACUCCUUGUGUACCUUUGUACGACACACUGCGUGUGUGGCCUCCCAUUCCCUCUUGCGCGCGCACGGCUUCAUGUGCUCCAACGGGAAUGAAGGCAGGCCGGUAGCUCCGCAGCCUGUUCCUGGCCAGCGUCGCUUACAUUCCUGAAGGCAGGAAAUUACUUCCCUUCAGAGGUGACUCACCUGGGCUUGGGAAACAUCCCCAUCGUCAUGUCCCAGCUCACAGAGUCAUUCAUGAAGGAGUCUCUGAUCUUUUGGGCUGUCUGUUCCCUGGUGGGCUGUUCGAUUGCAGAGAGGUCACCGCUUCUGAAACAUGCAGCCUUUUCUUCUACAAACUUUGAAAACAUCUUCAAGUGGGAAAGCGAAGCAGAGACUCCCCCAGGCACAGUGUAUGAAGUCCAGUACAAACGGUACGGGGAUGAAGACUGGCUUCAGAAGAGCGAGUGCCAGAAUAUCACGCAGCCCUUCUGUAACCUCACACACGAGACAGAAAACUUCAGAGAGCCCUACUAUGCUCGAGUGAGGGCCAUAGUCCAGAACUGCUGCUCUUCCGACUGGGUCUGCUCGCAGAGAUUCUACCCCAGAGAAGACACUACUAUUGGAAAGCCGGAGGUGAAAUACAUUCCUAGUGUUAGAUCCAUAAAGUUUUUCAUCCAACCCCCCUACACUCCUCUGAGAGAUGAGGAUGGCUCCCAGCUAACUGUGGAAGACAUCUACAGCAGAUUUGGUACCAUCGAUUACCACAUGAUGCUAUUCAGCCAAAAGACACACCAAGAGUGGGAAAAGAAUGAGUACAACAAAGAAUUUGAAGUUUCUUACUUGAACCCAGACACUGAAUAUAAUGUCACAAUAUAUCUCAAGUUUUUAGAAAAAAGAAGCCAGCCUCAUGUGUUUUGUGUUAGUACGUUACCAGACACCACCUGGCUCAUAUACUGUGUUGGGGGAAUUACAUUUGCUACAGGAUCGCUGUUUGCUGUGGUAUGUUAUGUGAGCUAUAAAUACAUCAAGCAACACACAGCACGGCCCAAGUCUUUGGACUUCAGAGGGAUUUCAGCCUUCCAGCCCCUCAUGCUAACAGUGGAGCAUAUUAUAAGCCCCAUUAAUGAUUUAUCCAAAACUACUCUGUACACUCCAGAUGUGCAGUUAAUGCCGAUUAAUCUGCUGCAGCAGACAUCUUUAUUCCCUUUGCAAAAACCUACCUAUCAACAACAGGCCAAUGUGUUGGCAUUUCAGCCCAUCAUUCAGCCAGUCAACCUAGUGGAUGGUUUUUCUUCAGCGUACGCGCCUCAAAUAGCCCAGGAAAAUCUACCAUGCGCGCUGAACAAGAAACCUCUGGCCUUGACAUAUGGAGUGUGCAUUGAAAGCCCAAGAUGCAUCAACAGGGUGCCAGACCAGAUGCUGCCGGGUAUUUCUCCUGAAAGGUUUGUCAGUGGCAAACUUAAAACCAAGACACCAGGUGAAAGGUACUGUGAUGAAAAUUACAAGGAGCAGAGGCCGAAGCUGGUAGAGAGAGGAUUAUGGGAAAGCAGUGACACUGACAUGACAGGAUCGGUGUUCUCCAUGGGGCCAGUGCAGCAGCUGGUGCUCCAGACAGACUGUGAGGAAGCUAACCUGCACAUGCCUCAGCAGUCACUAUCUUUGCAGCAGGAAGGAGGAAACUACAGACGGCAGAUGGCAGGGUUGCUGCCAUUGCUGUCCACACUGACAGUUGACACAAACUCAGAGGAUGGGCUUCCUCCAUCAUCAUCCUCCCCCUUACUAAAGUCAGUCUGUACUUGUGAUGACCUCCCUGAGGAACGCAGCACAGGCCAGUUGAUGUCAUUAGAUUCAUUGUCAUAUCCUGAAAACAAACUGCAGCCUCCGGACUUUCAAACAACUGAUGUGCUACCAGCAGCAAGGGAGCCGGGCUGCCUAGAACUAAAUGCCAUUGCAUCCCAUGCCUCUAGCUCUAUCCAGGACAAUGGCAUGCUUUUAACUAUGUUGUUCAAAGACUUGGAUUUAAAGGUACAGUGAGAGCAUGGCCAGGAUGAAAACACACUGAUGUGUUAGCACAGCAUUGAAUGAUCUCUAAGGGCCGGAUUCUGCCAACCUUUACUCAUUAAAGAUUGCCCUACUGGGCAACUGUCGUCACUCAAAUAAAUGGGACUCCUCGCUGAGUAAGGUACUAAUCAACAUGCAUAAGAGUGUUAGAAUCCAGCCCUCCAUUUUCAUGGGCAUGGGUGCCUUUACUAACUGCAUUGCUUCCAGGAAAGCUAUGUUAUCUUUGCACUUUAAUAAUACCUGGCUUUUUGUUUCUUGAAUGUCAAACUGAUUAUACCUAAAAGUUGGCCUAUUUUAAAACUAGAGAGGGAGCCCAAGCUCACCUGCCAGAUUCAAGCCCCAUAAAAUUUGGGUCAAUUUGGGGUGGGACUCAGAUUUCGUAGCUGACACCUGUUUCUUUGUACCAAAAAUCUCAGAUCUAAACUUUGGGGAAGUUCAGAUCCGGAUGAAGUCACAGUGAGAAACAAAUCUUGUUCAGAGAGGCUCUCAAUAAUGGUCAUUUCCCAGAUGGUAAUAGUAUUUCUAAGCAGAUUAUUUUUUAGAGAAUGGAGACUACAGAUUGGGCCUGGAGUCUCAUCAUGUGUUCGUCAGUCACUUAUCACUCGUCAGCCGGAAUCUAUCAGAGGUUCUGAAUCAAAGCUGAUAGACAGGAGAGUCAGUUAGCAAAGUCACCGGAAAACAAGGUUAGUUUAAGUUACACUCUUUUUCUUUGGCUUUUGGCUAAGAUCAACUGUAAUACCAAUACUGAUUUGGACUCUUCAUACAUUCCUUGGGUGGCAUACCUGAGCCCACUUAUCCACUGAUGCUUUAAAAACUCUCACACCCCAAUCUGGAUCUAUGCUGGUUAAUUGAU